AGCAAACAGGAGCGGGGCAGCGCGCGGAAGAGGAAAGUCUCUUCGAAGGCUAAGGCUAAAAAUGCUUAGCGUUCUGUCUUAGUUUAUGGACGUCGGUGUUUUAAUUACCAAAUAAAAAUACAAACGUUUUUUUGCAUUUGGAUAUAAUGUAUAAUGUAAUGUGGUGGCUUCGGUAGCAUUGGGAAACGUCCGGAUACUAUUGUGUCGCGAACCAUCGUCGUAGAUUGAAGCUAAUGUUGUGACUUGCUAGCUGUUUGAAAGAGACCACUAGCUAAACAGCAGCUGAUCCGGGCGUUGGAUUGUCUAUUUAAAUUUUUUAAUUUAACUUCCAUUAAGCAUAUAAUGCAUCACGUCAAGAUAAAGACCGAGCGGCAAGAUAUGGACGGAACAGCUGCUCGUAGCCGACUGGAUGCCAUUUUAAAAGGUCUGGUAGAGAAGGCUGAAAACAAAAGGGAUCAAAAUGAGGGUGAUGCUGGAAAAAUGUCAUUGGACUCAAUAAACAAGGAAUUGUCCCCAUCUUCUGCUGGGAAAAGACCAUCAGCACGAUUCUCACAACAUCGACGGAAGAAGCGAAAAGAGAUCGAAGAAACCAUAUCAGAGAGCAAUACACACAGACAAAAUGCUUACAUUAUCAAGCUGUUUGAUCGUAGUGUGGACUUAGCUCAGUUCAAUGCCAGCACACCUCUUUAUCCUAUUUGUCGUGCCUGGAUGAGAAAUAAUCCCUCAGUUCGAGAGCGCAAUGAAGGAGCCGCAAGAUCUCCACAAGUCAAUCUAGAGGAAGAGGCCCCAGACAUGAUCAAUGGCAAAGAACAAAACGUGUACAGACUCCCGCCUCCGACAGCGUGUCCCGUCAGCUUCUCUGGUGAACCUGUCAAUCUUAGGAUACCACCUACAGAAAAGCCCUCUGUCACCAAGUUAGCAGAUUCAAUGCCGCCUGCAUCAGGAUCCAUCAUAUGUGACCACAUGGAGCGUUGGAAAAAGAUCAGGCAAAAAUGGAAAGAAUGCUCCAACAAGAAUCAGUUGCGUUACAGCGAAAGCAUCAAGAUCUUGAAGGAGAUGAAGGAGCUCUACGAUCACUAGUUUACAAUCAAAGUACUCACAUGAGGAUGGACGCUAUGCAGUGUGUGAUUGGUGCGUCCGUCUGAAAUUCAACUUCCAUCCACAAUAGAACCUUAAGCCUUAAAUAUACCAUAUUUUCUAUGCAGUGCAGCAGUUUACUCAAUGGGAGUAUUUGGUAUGGAACAGUUUGAUCGCAGUGUUUGAAUUUGGAUGAAUAAAAUUGGGAAUU